AUGGCUUCAGAACAGGAGCUCUCGACCUCUUUCAUUCCAGCCUUGUACAAACCGGCUGCUUUGCUGCCUAUCGCACGCCACAAGAAGAACCUGCUCUUUCUGGUUGAAAAAUACCCCGUCACUAUCGUGGUGGGCCAAACUGGCAGUGGUAAAACAACUCAGCUUCCGCAGUAUCUAGACCAGGCAGGAUGGUGCGAGGAUGGGAAGACCAUUGCUGUUACACAGCCCCGACGGGUGGCUGCUACAACGGUUGCAACGCGAGUAGCCGAAGAGAUGCGAUGCAAAGUCGGUGAAGAGGUGGGCUACUCCAUCCGAUUCGAAGAUUUGACAUCUCCUGCAACAAGAAUCAAAUUCCUGACAGAUGGAAUGCUGCUUAGAGAAGCCCUGGUUGAUCCUCUACUUUCGCGGUAUUCCGUGAUCAUGGUUGAUGAGGCACAUGAAAGAUCUCUCAGUACCGAUGUCCUUCUUGGAACUCUAAAGAAGAUCCGCAAGAAGCGCCCUGAACUUCGCAUUAUUGUUAGUAGUGCAACCCUCCAAGCAGAAGACUUUCUUCGUUUCUUCGCCGGCGAGGAGUACCAGCCUGUUGCAGAGCCGGCGGAUUUGGGUGGAAGUGUUGGUCGGAUCAUCAGUUUGGAAGGGCGAAUGUAUCCGGUCGACAUGCUGUUCCUUGACUCUCCCGCAGAAGAUUACAUAGAGCGAGCAGUCAAGACCGUCUUUGAUAUCCACACCCAAGAACCAGAAGGCGAUAUACUUCUCUUUUUGACUGGCCGGGAAGAGAUCGACACUGCGAUCCAGUUGAUAUCCGAAAGAGCGGCAACUCUCCAUCCGAAGGCGCCCUCUCUACUUUCACUACCACUUUACGCUGGACUCACCACGGAACAGCAAAUGUAUGUCUUCGAGCCGACCCCAGAAAACACCCGAAAGGUCAUCGUCUCGACCAACAUUGCCGAGGCCUCCGUCACAAUCGACGGGAUCGUAUAUGUCAUUGAUUCCGGCUUUGCCAAGCUUAGAGCAUACAACCCCAAUACUGGUAUCGAUACAUUGACUGCAGUGCCAAUAUCAAAAGCAUCCGCCACCCAGCGAGCUGGCCGCGCUGGAAGAACAAAGCCAGGUAAAUGUUUCCGGCUGUACACACAACAAGCGUUCGAGCAGAUGCCGGAAGCAACCGUACCUGAAAUCCAGCGGUCAAAUCUUGCACCGGUGAUUAUGCAGCUAAAAGCACUGGGCAUUGACAACAUUGUCCGAUUCGACUUCUUGACACCUCCGCCGGCCGAACUUAUUAUUCGUGCACUUGAGCUCCUGUCCUCUCUCGGCGCAGUUGAUGACUAUGCCAAACUCACAAAACCGCUUGGGGUGCGGAUGGCAGAAAUUGCUCUGGAUCCUAUGAUGGCCAAAGUUCUUCUCACCGCACCAUCUUUCAAUUGUUUAAGUGAAAUUCUCACAAUUGCAGCCAUGGUCAACCUCCAGGGGACAGUGUGGGUUCAGCAUGCUGGAGACAAAAGAUCUGCCGAGAGCCACCGGCGAAAGUUCGCCGUUGAGGAGGGCGAUCAUUUGACGUACCUGAACGUGUAUCAAGCCUUUGUCACCAAGGGGAAGAAAGACCCGAAAUGGUGUCGCGACAAUCUCUUGAAUUACCGGGCACUGCUACGUGCAGUGAGCAUCCGAGGCCAGUUAAAACGGUACCUAGAACGCUUUGGUAUUCAAGUCGAUGAGACACUUUCAUCCCGUCAUGGAGCAGCCGAUUUGAGCAACCAGCCAGAGCAGAUUCGGCGGUGUCUUACCACAGGCUAUUUUGCUCACGCGGCGAAGAUGCAACCGGAUGGAACUUUCAAGACUGUCAGCGGUGGUCUGACUCUUCAUGCUCACCCCACCUCGUUGAUGUUUAACCGAAAAGCUGACUGGGUCAUAUUCCAUGAAAUCAUGCAAACGGGUGAAAAAACAUAUAUCCGCGAUGUCACCAAGAUUGAGAAGAGCUAUCUGCUGGAAAUUCAGCUAAAGAGGAGGAAUAUGUACAAUAAUACCCAGGCGUUUCAGGAGGCUGUGGAAUUGAGAUAUAAAAUGUCAGGGCACCAUCAUGAUCACGAUGGCCACUGCCAUGGCGAAGAUCAUGACCAUACCAACGAUAUCACUCCAGCCAUCCAAUCCCUUCUCUACUCCCAGAUCAACUUCGACCUGAUCACAACCCUGAAUGAGACAACCCCAAACUCUGGCGCAUCCAUCGUCAAGAAAACCUGGGCCGAGCGACUAAACGACAAGCCCGAGCUCGAGAGCGACGCCGACGAACAGCUGCUCAUGACUAUCCCCUUCAACGGCCAAGUCAACUUCCACUCCCUCCUUCUAUACACAGCUCCUACAAACUCCGCCCCAAAGACAGUAAAGCUGUUCAAGAACCGCGACGAUUUGGAUUUCUCAACUGCAUCGGAGUUGCAUCCGACUCAAACCAUCGAGGUCCCGCAGCCUGUACCCGGCGCCGAUGUCUUCGAAUUGCCGUUGAACCGUGCCCAUUGGAAUGCAACUACCUCUGUCACGCUUUUUAUUGAGGAUAAUUGGAGUGAUGGCGAGGAGGAUGUUACUAAGGUUGGGUAUGUAGGCUUCAAGGGGCAGUUUAUGAAGUUAACCCGGGAGCCGAUUAAUUUCCUUUAUGAGGCUGCGGCGAACCCUCAGGAUCAUGUUUCUAUCCCCGGUGUCAGUGGUGUUGGUGGCAGGAUUAUGCCUGGGCAGUAG